UCUUAGGUUAGAAUGGUUAGAUCAUAGAUCUAUGGGUUAGAUUGAGGUUCCUGUAAAAUGCCUGUAUAUUCUGAGCCCUGAGCUGAGGCCACUAUAAAGAAUUUUUGAGUAUUUUGAACGAGAUACUGCAGUUUGGAUCCUUCUGUCUUCAGAAUACUUCAGAUAUAUUUUAACUUCCUCUUGUAUUUAGAUUUUAACUUAAGAUGGGCGAAUCUCCAAUGUUGAGUAUUGGAGAAUUUGGAUUAAGUACGGUUACUUCAACAAGUCCUACAGUUUUUGAUGAGCAGUGGACAAGUAAGAAUUUGAGGAAAAGUCUCAAAAUAGUUGUUAUACGAAAUGAAGAAAAUGAAAUAGAAUUUGAUCUAAUUGGUGUUCAUCCAGGAUUAGCCAAUACUUUCAGAAGGAUUAUGAUGAGUGAUAUUCCUAGUAUGGCAAUUGACCGAGUUGAAAUUCUGAGCAAUACUUCGAUAUUGCCAGAUGAGGUCUUAGUACAUAGAUUAGGAUUAAUACCUCUUAAGGCUGAUCCUAGAUUGUUUGAAUUUAAAACCGAGGAUCUUGAGGAGAAAGAUGAUAAUACAUUGGAAUUUGAAAUCAAAGUUAAAUGUACUUCAGUGAAAGAAAAUACAAAAAACUCAUUAUGUGCAGAGGACAUCUAUAAAAAUAGCAACAUUUACUCUAGCCAAAUUAAAUGGGUACCAAUUGGUAAUCAAAAACAAAGGUUUAAAGAGAAGGAUAUUGAACCUAUUCAUGAUGAUAUCCUUAUCACAAAAAUGAGGCCAGGACAUGAGAUUGAUUGUAAACUUCUUGCUAUCAAAGGAACUGGUAAAGAUCAUGCGAAGUUUUCUCCUAUUGUGGCUGCAUUUUAUCGAACCUUACCUAAAAUUGAAAUUAUCAAAGAAGUAUCAGGGGAAGCUGCAACUAGAUUACAAAAAUCUUUUUCUCCUGGGGUAAUUGAUAUAAAAAAUAAAAAUGGCAAAAACAUUGCUGUUGUGAAAAAUGCUAGAUAUGACACAGGAAGUAGAAAUUUUUGGGAGUACCCCGAUCUCAAGGACACUGUUGUUGUGAGUAGAGUUGAGGAUCAUUUAAUAUUCACAAUUGAAUCAGUUGGAGCUCUUAAACCAGACGAUAUCUUCAGGGAAUCCGUAAAAUACUUGAGAGACAAGUGUUUCAACUUAUUGCAAGAAUUGAAUUCAUGAUAUUUAAUUAACAUUGUUUUGUAUUAUACUAUUGAUGCAUUUCUAAUUUUUCAAUUGUAAAUAAAAAUCAUUUGUUA